CUCAUAUUCAUCUCUCAAAAGUCUCUCUUCAUCUCUUUCAUAACCUUCAACUUAGUCUCUUUCUAUUGUUUCUCAUAAAAUCAAGGUUUGUACUCACUCUUAUCUCUCUCUCUCUCUCUAUAUAUAUAUAUAUAUAUAUAUAGAUGUUAGUCGCCUUCAAUGUAUGCAUCUGAGAACUAUGGAUGAAUGAUAUGACAUGAAUUUCAAGAUGAAGGUUGAGCUUGUUUUUUCCACAUUAGCCCACUUUGUCUACUCUACCCCAUUACUCCACCUGAUUUUCAUUAUCUCUCUACAUGAUCUUAAUCGUAGUCUUAACCUUUUGAUCUGUGUUUUGCAGGCAGUCGUUCAUUUGCUUUCUUUCAAAUAUACAGACAUAAUCCAUGGCGUUGAACUUAGCACCAAAGUUUGCACAAAAGAUCUUCGAAGGAGAAGGUGGAACAUAUUACCGUUGGUCAAGUGCUGAAUAUGAAUUGCUCAAGGAAGCAAAGGUUGGUGGUGGAAGGCUUGUUCUGCAGCCUCGUGGCUUCGCUCUCCCUCACUAUGCUGACUCCAACAAAAUUGGUUAUGUUCUUCAAGGCAGCUGUGGAGUAGUUGGAAUCGUAUCACCCAAAGCAUCCCAAGAGGUGGUGUUGAGGCUCAAGAAAGGAGAUAUAAUACCAGUGCCCUCUGGAGCAGUUUCAUGGUGGUACAAUGAUGGAGACUCAGAACUAAUUAUCGUAUUCCUUGGUGAAACUUCCAAGGCUUAUGUUCCCGGAGAAUUCACAUACUUCCUACUAACCGGAACUCAAGGAAUCCUUGGAGGUUUUUCCACUGAAUUUAACUCCAGAGCCUAUGAUAUCAACAACGAAGAAGCCAAAAAGCUUGCAAGAAGCCAAUCUGGCGUCUUGAUAAUUAAGCUACCAGAGGGCCACAAAAUGCCCCACCCCUGCAAGAACAGUACUGAUAAAUUGGUGUUUAAUAUUGAUGCUGCAUUACCUGAUAUCCAUGUCCAAAAUGCUGGAUUGCUUACUGCAUUGACAGCAAAGAAGUUUCCCUUCCUUGGAGAAGUUGGGCUCAGCGCCACCCUUGUGAAGCUGGAUGCCAAUGCCAUGUCCUCACCGAUGUACGCUGCUGAUUCGUCGGUUCAAGUAAUUUAUGUUGCAAAAGGGAGUGGAAGGAUUCAAGUUGUUGGUAUCAAUGGUGAACGUGCCUUGGACACGAAAGUGAAGGCUGGUCACUUGCUUGUUGUGCCAAGGUUCUUUGUGGCUUCUGCCAUUGCAGAUGGUGAAGGACUGGAGUACUUCUCAUUGAUAACAGCUACAGAACCUGUAUUUGGUGAAUUUACUGGGAAAACAUCAGUAUGGGGAGCAUUAUCUCCACAUGUUUUACAGGCCUCUCUCAAUGUGGCUCCAGAGUUUGAGCAGCUUUUCAGGGCAAAGAUCAAAAAGAGCACCAUUCUUGUUCCUCCACAGAACUAGAUUGAUUAAGAACCAAGGGCCCUUAUGAUGUAUUAUCAUUUGUUUUCAGGAGUUACAGGGCUGUUACAAUACAAUAAUUGUACUCCUAAGUGUGUCUUUUAUAUGUACAUCUGUGAGAUGGAAAAUGUUGUACAACUAUUAAUUAUAUGGCAAUAAGUUGUUCCUUUGUGUGAUCAGAAAA